AUGGAUAGUAAUAGUAAUAAUAAUAAUAAUAUUAAUAAUGAUAUUAAACCAAAUGAAAAAUUGUUUUUUUCAGUAUGGAGAAAUAUUUUUUUAAAAAAUAAUAUAUUUGUUCAAUUAAAUUUAUUAAAAAGUUAUAAAAAAGUUUCUAUACAAACUUUGGAAAAUUUAAAAAAUCAAAAAUAUAAAAAAUAUAUUGAAAAGAUUGUUUAUUAUAGCGAUGAUAAUAUAUUAGACGAAAAUAUUUUAUUAGAAUUCGAUAUUUUAAAAACUAUUAAAUUUAUGCAUCAAGGGUUUGAAUUGAUUUCUCCAUCAGUUUUACCAAUUGGUUUAAAAAAGUUAAUAUUCCCAAUAAAGAGUAACUCUUUAAUUCAUAAUUUUAAAGAUAAUGAAACAUGUAGUUUUUCAUUGUUCCCAAGUUCAGUUACUGAUGUUAGAAAUGUUUAUGCAAAGGAUCCAAUUAUUUCAAUUCCUUCAAAUAUUAAAAGAAUUCAUUUUAGGAGUAUUUCUCAAAAUGCAUUGAAUAAAAGUGAUUUUAAUAGUGGUGGUUUUGGUGGUGUUGGUGGAAAUUCAAUAACAGAACUUGGAUUUUAUAUUGAUGAAAGUACAAUUAAAUUAAAUUUUGGUAUGAUUCCAUUUGGAUUAAUAAAAAGAUUACAUAUGGAAACAAUGUCAUUAGAUUUUAAUAAAUUACCAAUAUCAUUAACACACUUGAAAUUAGAUAUUAGAAUGGAGAUUGUAAUAAAUAAUGUUUUGUAUUUUUCAUUUGGUAAACUUAAAAAACUUGAAUUAAUUUCAAAAAAUAAAAUUGAAAUUCAUAAUAAUAUGUUUCCUGAAUCUCUCACUCAUUUAAAAAUGGGGUCACCAUCUAUAAGAUUAGGUCAAAAAUCACUACCAUCAGGUUUAUUAUUUUUAAUGGUUACAGAUACUAUCCAAGGUAUGAAUAAUAAUAAUUGGUUACCCCUAUCAUUGAAAACAUUAAUUGUAAAAGGCCAUCCUAAAAGUGGUUGGUAUGGUUACCAAUUUAGUUCAUUGAUAAUUCAACAUGUUAAUUUACCACCAAAACUUGUACAUCUACAAUUUGAUGACAAAGGUUUUGGAUAUGGUGAUAAUCAAAUACUUACACCUGGUUGCAUCCCACGAUCAUUAACCUAUUUAAAUUUUGGUUCAAAUUUUAAUCAAGAAAUUUACAAAGAUGCACUUCCAAAUUUAGUUGAAAUCAAUUUUGGUUCAAGAUUUAAUAGAUAUUUAGAUCCAGGUGUACUUCCAAUAAAUUCAUUGAAAAAAUUAACUUUAUCAACUGAUUUCAAUAAGAAACUUGAGAUUGGUUCAUUACCAGAUUCAAUAACUCAUUUAACAUUUGGUUAUAAUUAUAAUCAACCAAUAAUAUCAUUACCAUCCUCAUUAACUUGCUUAGAAUUAAAUUGUCCAAAUUAUUCUCAUAAAAUUGAUACUUCAAAUUUAUUCCCACCUUGUCUAUCAAAAUUAGUUUUAUCAAAAAAUUUUAAACAAAAUGAUUUAAUUUCAAGAGAUUGUUUUUAUUCUAUUGAUAAAGUUUUAAUUGAAUAA